ACGAGGAAGCAUACUACGAGAGGGAACGAGGGUUGAUACGGUGAAUGAGGGAGAAUGCGCUAGCAAGGCCAUAUCGUAUCAACGAAGGGAAUAAGAGGAAGUUGAUCAUAGGGGAGUCCGACUUCCUACUGCCUCAGGAGCGGACAUUGAUGGUGGAGUUGAUGAAGAGGAGGCAUCGCACCUAUGCGUUUAGUGACGAGGAGCGUGGCAGGCUGGAUGUGGACAAAAUACCUAUGAUCCGCAUCCACACCGUGCCACACGAGCCUUGGAACAUGAGAGGGGCGCGAUAUCCAAAUCCUGACGAAGAAAAGAAAGUGGUGAAUUACCUCGACGGCAAGAUACGUACGCACAUCGCCGACUAUUCGAGUGGGUCGUAUGUGUCCCCGUGGUUCUGCUUCAUCAAGCCUAACGGGACGCUGCGAUGGGUGCAAGAUUUGCAGAGGCUGAAUGCGGUGACCGUGCGAGAUGCUGGAGGACUGCCAAAUGCGGACGCUCUAUCAGAAUCCUGUGCUGGAAGGUCUAUAAUCUCACUUAUAGACCUUUACUCAAGAUAUGAUCAGUUUCCGGUCUACUCCCCAGACAGGCCGGUGACAGCUAUGCACACGCCACGAGGACUAAUCCACAUGAACGUGGCCCCACAAGGGUGGACCAAUGCGGUAGCAAUGGUCCAACGGGCCAUGAUUCAGGCUAUGCAGUCAGUCAGCCCCCAUAUCACCCAGCCAUACAUCGACGAUUUGGCAGUGAAGGGGCCGGAAAUAAAGGAGAGCGACAAGGCCUUGCCAGGGGUAAGGCGCUUUGUUUGGAAGCACAUCCAGGACCUCGACAAAGUCCUGAGUCUGCUCGAGGAGCACAACCUCACGGCAAGCGGGGCCAAAUCCAGACACUGCAUGAGGGAAGCGACUAUCUUUGGGUUCGUCUGCAGCGAGAAAGACCGAAGGCCGGAUGUGAAGAAGACAGACAAGAUUACUAAGUGGUCAGUUUCGUUCCACUCAAUAACUGAUGUCCGGAAAUUCCUUGUUGAUGGAUUCCUGGAUCAGGAGGAAGAUUUUCGUCUCCAUAUCAACAAGUGGUCAUCGCGAGUGCCUAGCUGUGUGGGCUAUCCUAUUUGGCAAGCGCCGAGUGGAUACGAAAGGAGGGCAGAGCUAGUCCUCAAACCCUUUGAAGAAGAAGAUCCUUGGGAAGGUAAGGAUGUUCAGAAGAUGAUGGAAUUGGCGCUCGCCAGUCCGCAUAGUCUGGUGGAAGACAUGAGGACGAUCGAGGAAGGACCAGGCCAGGUAGAACGACAUGAGGACCUGAUGGGAGGAAAUGAUCUCCUCGUCAACACAUUACUACCGGAAAACCUCGACCACUCAGGCUCGUUGAACCCGGCAGGGAAUGUGGAUGAAGUGCCCGAGAGCCAGGACGACGAGUUUGAGGAGGGGGAGAUUAAGGAGGCCUUUCGUGCAGAGGAGUAUGAUGAGAUCUAUCUAGAGUUGGGGCUUCUCUUGUCUUGCGAGAUGCGGCUAAGGGAUGUAAGUGAUAGGGAUCAGAGAAUGCUGAAGCGCUACUUAGUGCGAGAUGACCACCUUUUCAUAAGAAGAGAAGUGGGGAAUCCCAGGAGAGUCGUCUGCGGUAGGAACCGCCAGAUUGACGUCGUAGCAGCACUUCAUGAUGGCAUUGCAGGAGGGCAUCGAGGGGUACAAGCCACGUAUGCCAAGAUAAGUGAGCUGUACUACUGGGAUGGGAUGAUGGACAUGGUCGGGAAAUUCUGUCGAUCCUGCGUACCCUGCCAGGAGAGAUCUCGUUUGAGGCAAGGAGAGCCGCUGCAUCCAAGGCUAGAGCGAGAGGUGGGGGUUGUAGUGCAUCUCGAUCUACUUUUCAUGCCGCUUGGGGAUCAACGCUAUAAUUACAUCUUCGAUGCGCACGAUAACCUGUCUUACUUUACGAAGACAACCAUGCCAAGAGGAGGGAGGGGGACACGACCGCCUCGGAGGCCGUUGGGAGCAUCAGGAGGAUAUGACCGGCAUGUGCCUCGCCAUCGAGAGAGUACUCCGGUGUACGAUGAUGGGGACAUCGAGCUAUUCCUGGACAGCUUUUGGGAUCAUGCGAGGCGUAUGGGCUGGACCGUGGCCCAGGCGAUUGAGAGACUGAGGGGAACAGGCAGGUUCGAGGAGCCCAUUACCAGGAUUCGUAGGGAUGCGACGACGGGGCAGAAGGUGGAGAUGAGGAUGAAGGAGCUGCGACCUUCGCCUGUGGGACCAGAUAGCAGGCCGAUCCGCCUAGAGAUCGGAAAUGCGGCAGAUUUUAUUACUGCCUUCGAGUGGUUCAUGCAGGGCCAGGCUAUACCGAGAGAUGAGUGGGCGAGGACGUUACCCCUCUGGACCAGAAAGGCGGAGAGGGCACUGGCUAAGCAGGGAAAGGAGCUUCCUUCGCCAGUCAGAGCCGGAUUUGGGGUGGCAAGGAAGGCGGAAGAAAGGUUGGAUCGCAAAAUCAAGUUCCUGGCCAAGGCAACUUUUGACCGGCACUUGCUAUUGGAGAGCGAUCUGGCAGGAAAGAAGAUAAAGGAAGCCGGCCAUGGAGUACGCCUGGAGGCUAUGGAGGUGGAAAUCCAGGAACUCAGGGCAUUGGUGGCCAGCCAGGCAGCUAUCAUUGAGAGCCUGAGGCAGCGAUCUCAGGGAGGGACGGACAAGCCAGAGAGCAGCCAGCAGGGAGAGCAGAGGCAGCCAGGACAUGGUUUUCCAGGACAACCAUCUGCAGCAGAGACUAGCCAGGAGCCACCUAUGGGGAGAGUCAUCCUGGAGCCAGAGGAGGCGAGAGCCUUGAGGGAGGCAGAGAGAGAGGCCUUCGAGUUCAGAGCCCCUACUGAGCUCGCAACGCUACCUAUAGCAGCGGCAGGCCCAGCCAUACCUUUGGCAGAUGAGGAGGGGCUACCACCAUCCAGUAGUGAGCCAGCUCAGGGCUCAGUAGAGGGAUCUAUGGACGUGCUCAUUGAGGCGGUGCACUCGAUGCAGGAGGAAGCGAGUUUGUUUUCACCUGAGCAGAGGAUAGAGGAGCCUUUCGAGAGAGAGAUGGGAAUUGAGGCGGAGGGUGUCAUCGAGGGCAGGCUCCAGAGGUUGGGCACACCUGAGUACGGGCCAGAGGGGAUUGAGGAGCGACCUGGACCGAGUACCCAGGAGGUGGAGACACGAGAGGAGCCCUUGGAUAUCCCUCAGAGCCAUGAGCUGAGCAGGGAGGCCAGCGAAGCGCCAUCAUUGCCAGGGUCUCAAAGAGGAAAGAAGAGGUCCAGGAAGUGGUUCGAUACGUCCUGCUUCUUCUGUACAAAGGAGGGGCAUUGAGCCUUGCAAUGUCCUAAGUUCCUAAAGGA